AUGGCGUCUCCCGGCUCCGACGAUGGUGUCGUCUCCGCCGCUGCCGUCGUCUGCUGCAUGUGCGGUGACCAUGGCCUGCCGCGCGAGCUGUUCCGGUGCAACCUCUGCCGCCUUCGUACACAGCACAGAUACUGCAGCGACCUGUACCCGAGGGUGGCGGGGCCGUACAUGAGCUGCAACUGGUGCCUCAGGCAGGGCGGCGCCGCCGGAGGGGGCGACUCACCGUCACAGGUUAAGGCGUCGGCGACGAAAGGGGCCAAACGGAGGAUCAACGGCGACGACCGCGAUAGUGAUGAGAGCGCCUGCUAUGGAUGCUCCAGGUCAGCGUUCUCGGCGGACCCUGGGAAGCCGAUCAAGAAACCUAAGAAGGGCAAGGGCCGUGAAAGAGCAGUGCAGCAGCCGGAGCCGGUGGUUACGACGGUGUCUAAGAAAAGACAAACGGAGGUGCAGCCUGGCAAGCCGCGGUUCAAGGUGAAGGUGCGGCGGUACAAGCUCCUCGCGGAGGUGAUCUGCUAG